AUGCCGGCUGGGGACGGCGCGAGGCGAGCCGGCUCUGCAGCCUUCUUACCGUUUCCGAGUGUGUGCGGUGAUGCAGCAUGUCACCUAACAUGGCCGCGCGCGGGGCUGGCGGCGGCUGGCGUGCGGGGUUUCUCCCGAGGAGGAGUCCUUGGGUGGGAACUGGGAGUUGAUAUUAUUUACUUAAACUCACUGUUUUCUCUUUUUAGAUUCAUCUGCAUUUAUCCAGCAUAUUUGAAUAACAAGAAGACAAUAGCAGAAGGAAGAAGGAUACCUAUAGACAAAGCUGUUGAAAAUCCCACAUCUACAGAAAUCCAAGAUGUCUGUGCAGCAGUUGGAUUCAAUGUGCUAUUAGAGAAAAAUAAGAUGUAUCCUAGAGAGUGGAACAGAGAUGUGCAGUACAGAGGUAGAGUACGAGUCCAGCUCAAACAAGAUGAUGGCAACCCAUGUUUACCUCAGUUUCCAACACGUAAAUCAGUGAUGCUGUAUGCUGCAGAAACCAUUCCCAAACUGAAAACAAGAACCCAAAAGAUGGGAGGUAGUGAUCAAAGUCUUCAGCAAGGAGAGGGAGGCAAGAAAGGUAAAGGGAAGAAAAAGAAAUGAGCUCACAUCUGGAAUAAUUGCUACAUCUCAUAGUUCUACUUACGAGAAAUAUGGAUGGACACAUUACUUGCUGCAACAUUGAAGCAAAAGAUAAGAGCAAGAUAUAAACAGGUGAAGCUGAGUAGAACAGCCUGCUUUUCUUGGAACUGGAAUGCAUGUACCUGCCUUGCAUCUGUGUAACAAUAAAUCUGUUUUCACGCA